AAACACCGUCACAUAUCUACAGCUCCUCGGUGCUCAUUCUGACUGCUACCGCCGCGAACAUUUACAGUCUGCCAGCAGAAAGAAAAAUAUUUUCCUCUUCUUUCCGGAGACGAGUAACAAUGUUGCGGUGCGCUUUUGGCCGAGGAUGAAGAGGCUGAAGGCGGCACUGUGGUGGAUCAGCGUCCUGCUCCUGUUGUGUCUUCCCAUCGUUUUGGAGAACGGCAGCACUGCUGGAACUGGAAAGAGCACUAAGCCGAGUUUAGGUCGGACGAAUCAGGGAACCCACGCCUCCAGCACCCUGAAAGAAAAGAUCGUUCCCGCCACCCCGGGAAGAGACCCGGCUCCUCCUCCUCCUGACCCAGAAGACAUCCUUACUUUUGACGAAUGGACAAAGAGCAUGAUGGAGGAGGAGAAUGAAAAAAGUCAAACCACACACACGUCCUACAACGGGGGCUCGGGUGGGGUUAAGAAGGUGCAGAAAACCACAAACUACGCCUCUGUGGAAUGCGGCGCCAAGAUCCUGGCUUCUAAUCCCGAAGCAAAGAGCACUUCUGCAAUCCUGGUGGAGAAUGUAGAUGUUUACAUGCUGAAUCCUUGCAGCAAUAAGAUCUGGUUCGUCAUUGAGUUGUGUCAACCCAUUCAGCUCAAGCAGCUGGACAUCGCCAACUUCGAGCUCUUCUCCUCCACCCCCAAAGACUUUCUGGUCUCAAUCAGUGACAGAUAUCCAACUAACAAAUGGGCCAAGCUUGGGACCUUUCAUGCUCGGGAGGAGCGCACGGUCCAGAGUUUUCCCCUGGAUGAGCAUUUAUAUGCCAAAUACGUCAAGGUGGAGCUGUUGUCACACUUUGGUGCUGAGCACUUCUGUCCUCUCAGCCUGCUCAGGGUUUUUGGCACAUGCAUGGCAGAGGAGUUGAAUUGA